UGUUGAGUCCACAGUAAGAGAACAGAGAAACUGAAGACCCAAAAAGAAGCAACCAGAUCCAGAAGCUAAGAAUAAACAAAGGGAAAGUUGCUGCUGUUGUGUGUUACUUGGCCAUCCAAACCGAGUUGAGCUGGUUCUGCAGGCCUAUGCCAUUUGUGAAGAUUGUGCCCAUGGAACUCAGAUUCAUAACAAUGGCAUUUCUCGUGAUGAUGAUUCUGAUUGGCUGUUUUCUGCAGGGAAGUCAAGGGCUUAAGAUUUCAGCAUUUAACAUUCAGAGAUUUGAUCAGUCAAAAGUCAAUAAUCAUGUGACCCUUGGCAUUCUCAUCCAGAUUUUACAAAGGUAUGACCUUAUCACCAUCGAAGAAGUCAUGGAAGCUGAUAAUUCAGCAAUAACAAAACUAGUGAUGGAACUGAAUUGGUCAACUAAACUGCAAUACAAUUUCAUCACUUCUGAUUACCUUGGCCGCAGUGCAUACAGGGAAAAAUAUGCAUUUGUUUAUAAUGAGAAUAUUCUCAAGCCUAUGGCGUGGUAUCACUUUGAUGAUGGCUGUGAACAGUGUGGGACGGACACUUUCAUCCGCGAGCCUUUUAUAGUGAAGUUCCACUCGCUCACUACAAUUGUCAAGGAUUUCGUCCUCGUAGCUAUCCACACCAGUCCAAGUUAUGCUGUCAGAGAGGUUGAUGCAUUGUAUGAUGUUUGGGCUGAUGCAAGGGAUCACUUCAAUACAGAGAACAUCCUGAUACUUGGAGAUUACAAUGCAGAUUGUAGAUACGUGACGCAUAGUGAUUGGCCCCAUAUACGACUACGUCAACAUAAGAAUUUCCAUUGGCUGAUUGAUGAUGGGACAGAUACAACUGUCAGUAAACACACAAACUGUGCCUUUGACAGGUUUGUUGUGAGCACGGAAGGAUUGCUUAAGACCAUAGUUCCUGGCUCAGUCAAGGCCUUCAAUUUCCAAAGUGUUUUUGGCCUCCCUUAUGAAACAGUCAGAGAAGUGUCAGAUCAUUACCCCAUUGAACUUGACCUGGAGGAUGAUCCUAACACUGUUGAUGCAAAAUAUGGGCCAAGAAUUGGCAUCGAUGGUGGAAGGAGUGGUGGUCCAUGCAGCUGCAAAGGUGUAGAUUUAACUUCCUGUGCUGGACGAUGCGGUGCAUAUUCACCUAAUUUACCAUGCAGCUGCACUGUAAACUGUUCCAACCAUAACAGUUGCUGUGCUGACUAUGGAAAUUAUUGCAAAGGUCCCAUGUAAUGAUGGUGAGAAAGUUACCAGCAGCCAUGAAAGUCUAAUAAAAAAAAUAUUGAAUGAAUUCCAGAAACAGAGGAUAAAACUGAUAAUUGCAA